AUGAAUACAGACUUGCUGAUCAUCCUGGAGGAUUAUGCAGACCCGUUUGAUGCUGCGGAUCAGGCGGGCGGCACACAGACCAUCGCAGAAAAACCCCCAGAGAAUGAUGGGUACAUGGAGCCCUAUGAAGCCCAGAAGAUGAUGGCCGAAAUUCGAGGUGGGCGUGCUCCUAAAGAUGGUCCGGUCCGGCAGCUCCCGUUAUACGACACUCCGUAUGAGGAAAACGGAGGCGAACCGGACGCUGGAUUGAGUUCGAGAGAAAGUCGAUUACCACAGGACGACGAGCGGCCGCCGGAGGAGUACGACCAGCCCUGGGAGUGGAAGAAAGAGCGCAUCUCCAAAGCAUUCGCAGUAGAGAUUAAAGUGAUCAAGGAUCUGCCGUGGCCUCCUCCGGUCGGCCAGCUGAACUCCAGUCCUCUGCUGAUGGAGGCAGUGGAGGCUCCGUCCUCUCCGGGCUCCAGCUCCUCCACCUCCGCCUGUGACCCCCAGCAGCAGCAGUUCGUUCAGUUUGACGGUGUGGAGAAGAAUCGUCCUCUGCAGCGUCACUCCAGCGCCUGUUUGGUGAACAUGAAGACGAGUUCAGUCGAUCAGAGCGUCGGAGAGAGAAUCGACCCCGCGCUGCCACUCGAGGGACAGUUCUGGUAUCAUGGUGCCAUCAGCCGUACAGAUGCAGAAGCUCUGCUCAGACUGUGUAAAGAGGCCAGUUAUCUGGUCAGAAACAGCGAGACCAGCAAGAACGACUUCUCACUCUCACUCAAGAGCAGCCAGGGCUUCAUGCAUAUGAAACUCUCACGGACCAAAGACAAUAAGUAUGUGCUGGGUCAAAACAGCUGCCUGUUUGACAGCGUUCCUGAGAUCAUCCACUAUUACUCCAGCCGCAAACUACCCAUUAAAGGAGCCGAGCACAUGUCCCUGCUGUACCCCGUGGCCAUAAGGACACUAUAACCCAUGCUGAGAAACUAUUAUUCAGCGUUUAUUCAACCAUCCAGAAACUAAAGUGCUACUGAGAUCCUUCAAGAAGACUCAUUUUCAUCUCAAGCAGAGCUACUGACUCCAGAUCAGCGUUGUAGACUUUAUCAGUGGUUUGAUUCAGCGCUCCUACAAACCAACUGCUCAGAACUCUAGUGUGGUGUUUAUACUGAUUUAUCAACCAUUUAUUGACUUCUGGAACACUGUUGAUAUGAAACAAAGACACUGAAUCUUGCUUUUAAUUAGCAGAACGGGACUUUCUGUGAGGAUACUGUUGUCUAAACAUACCAUAGUGUAAGAUAUGAACCAUUAAACAUCAACUAUUGCAGAUGAUACAGACAAAACCAUAUUCAGAGACUGAAUAAGACUGACCCACGUGAAGAACACAAAUACUGUAGUCAUUUAUAGGAAAUACUGUAGUGCUUCUGAACCAUACUAUAGUACACUCUAAUAAAAAAGCUGGGUUAUUGUAACCCAAUGUUGGGUCAAAUAUGCACAAACACCACUGUUUGGUUAAAAUAAUGUAUAAUUUAAAUCUAUUUGAAAAAAAUCAGCCCUGCCUUUUUGAGUGGAAAUCACUUAUUAGUUAAUCAGCACUUAUAAUUAAUUAAUUAGUUGUGUUCAUUCUAUGGUUGCUAUGGUAACAGAGCAACUAUAGUAAGUGAUCUGUUGUGGCAAUUCUGCAGAUGCUUUGGUAACAGCAACUAUAGUUAUUAAUCUGUUGUUGUCAUUCUAUAGUUGCUAUGGUAACACAGCAACAAUAGUAAUUGAUCUGUUGUUGUGAUUGUAUAGUUGCUAUGGUAACACAGCAACAAUAGUAAUUGUUAGGUUGUGGUGAUUCCACAGUUGCUAUGGUAACACAACAACAACAGUAAUUGAUCUGUUGUGGUGAUUCCACAGUUUCUAUGGUAACACAACAACUACAGUAAUUGAUCUGUUGUGGUGAUUCUACAGUUGCUAUGGUAACACAACAACUACAGUAAUUGAUCUGUUGUGGAGAUUCCACAGUUGCUAUGGUAACACAGCAACUAUAUUAAUUGAUCAACUGUGGUGAUUCUACAGUUCCUAUGGUAACAGCAACUAUAGUAUUUGAUCUGUUGUGGUGAUUCUACAGCUGCUAUGGUAACACAACAACUAUAGUAAUUGAUCUGUUGUGGUGAUUCUACAGUUGCUAUGGUAACACAACAACUACAGUAAUUGAUCUGCUGUGUUGAUUCUACAGUUUCUAUGGUAACACAGCAACUACAGUAAUUGAUAUGUUAUGAUUAUUCUACAGUUGCUAUGGUAACACAACAACUAUAGUAAUUGAUCUGUUGUGGUGAUUCUACAGUUGCUAUGGUAACACAACAACAAUAGUAAUUGAUCUGCUGUGGUGAUUCGACAGUUGCUAUAGUAACACAACAACUACAGUAAUGUAAACAAAUGAGCCAAUGCUGUAGUUUUCUACAAGUAUAGGGUAUAUUAUACUACAAUACACCACAGUUUACUGUAGUAAAAACUAAAGUACAGUUUAUCAGUGACUAUAGUAUGCUGGAACAUUCAUUAAUAGAGUUGUAGAUGCUAUAAUUUAUACAGUACAACACAAUUUACUCUAGUGUGGUUCAAAAGUACUAUAGUAUUUACUAUAAGUUACUGUAGUAUUUUCGAUGCUCAGAUAAUAGAGAGAAAGUCACAUGUGUAAUUAAGACUGAAAUAUCAUUGGGAUGUUUUCCAGAUGUUAGGCCACAGAUUUCAUGUAGUCCCCUAAAAUCAGUACUAAAGCGAGUAGGAGAGAUGGAUGCCGCCUCUUAAGUGUACUUGUACUGGGCCGCUAUGCAGAUCAUGAUUCUACAGCGAGGACCUUUAGAUUGAGAAUAAAAUAAGAGUCACUUUAUUGUGGAGGAGAGCUGAGGACGAUCUGGAGAAUGAAAUACGCCUGUAUUGUCUACCUCAGAAAAUCACUUUCAUUCCUCCAUCAUCCGCCGACCUGUAAGGUACAGUGACGCUGCAGAUUUAUCUGUGUGUGUGUGUGUGUGUGUGUGUGUUUCUGUCCCGUUCUGCAGACUCACGUUUCCUCCAGAUUUAGCCUUUCGCUUUAGGAGAUGCUUGUUGUUUAGCUGGACGCUAUCAGACGCUUCUGUGAGUGUGUUUUACAGCGUGCUGUCCUGUGGUUUAUGCCUUAUACUGUACAUGCAUGGAUUAAAGAGAAGCAGAGCGCGGAUGAGGAGUCCAGCACCGGCUCUCUUCACUCUCUCUGACUGUAAUUUAUUAUGGAGAAAAUAAUAUCAGUGACAAUAAUAAUAAUGAUGAUGAUGCUAUGCUAAUGAUUUAGUCUGACUGAGACUUGUUUCCGGCCAGUGUGUGUGUGUGUGUGUGUGUGUGUGUGUGUAUGUGUGUGUGUGUGAUACUGAUAUAUUUGACCUUAUAUUGCUUUGCAAGUGUGUGUGUGUGUGUGUGUGUGUGUGUGUGUGUGUGUGUGUGUGUGUGAGCUUGAGUGCGUGUGUGUGCGCAUUUGAGCAAGUGUGUGUGUGAUACAUGUGUCUGAGUGUCUGUGUGCAUCUGUGUGUAUGUUUGUAUGUGUGUGCGCAUCUCUGUAUUUGUGUGUGUGUGUGUGUGAUGUUCAUACAUCUGACCUUAUGUUGCUUUGUGAUUGUAAACUGAUACUCUGAUUGGAGGCUGUUUGCCAUGGAAACCCUUUAGAGCAGUUCAGCCAAUCAGACGGCAGAUCCUCCUUGACCUCCGCUGUGACCUGUGGUUUUCCUCUUUCUUCUGUCAUCCAGCCACUCUUUAUCUUCAUGUUGUUCGUGUGUGUGUGUGUGUGUGUGUGUGUGUGUGUGUGUGUGUGUGUGUGUGUGUGUGUGUGUGUGUGUAAUCUCUGACAGCAGGAGCACAGGUCAUUCACUGGUGGAAGAUGAGUCUGUGAAACCCGUCAAAGAUAAAGAAAUGUGUGUGUGUGUGCGUAUGUGUGUGUGUGUGUGCGUGCGUGCGCGUGUGUGUGUGUGUUGAUUUAUUUGACGUGUGCAUCAGCAUCUGUACAGAACCUCUCGCCAGAUGUAAAUACUGAAUGUAUUGUUUGGGGAUGUAGAGGAUUUGAGAUUAUGAUGAAUAAAGUUUAUGGGUCUAACUUAA